AUGACUUCUGGUGCCUCGAUCGCCGCUACUGCGAGUACCACUGCUGUGGGUGCGGGACGCGUGGAUGCGGCUUCCGCCACGACGACCUCUGGGCCUGCGAACUCUGUGUCUGCGAGUUCUGGGCCUGCGACAACCACAACUACGAUAUCCGUCGCUGCAACAUCUGUGCUUGCGUCCUCGGUGGCUUCGAGUUCUGCGUUCGGUACAACUUCGACUAUGCCAGCCGUAGCUGCGACAUCUGCAACUGCGACAGGCGUGCCUGCAACAUCUUCGACCGCGACAGCUGUGAUUUCGGUGGCAGUAACAUGUGAGUGGAAGGAAAGUUUAAAAGGCCCCGCUUUAGCGUCUUUUAUUUUGUUAAAGCACUCCAGCAAAGCACCAGUAGUGAUACCACUGGAUUAA